AUGGAAGCCCUCGACGGGAAUAUGAGGUUCGCCACGCCUCAGGAUGAGAUAAAUUACUGGAGAAAUAAAGCGGAACAAAUUCAAAAGGAGUUACAAGUUGUUCGGGAAGAAUAUCUUGAAUUCCAUGCCAGCAGCAAAGACUUAGAAGAAGAAUUAGACACAACAAUAAAACAGUUAGAUAAAGAAAAGAAAGAUUUUUCUUUGAUGAACAAUAGAUUACAGGAAGAAGUGGACUCCUUAAAGAAAAAGUUGGAAAGUGUACAAACAGCUUGGCACUAUGAAGUCUCUAAGUUGCAAACAGAAGUCUGUGGCUACAAGGCCUGGAAAGAAGAGAAUCAAAAAUACAUAAUCCGAAUAGAACAGUUAAAUGAUGAUUUGGAACGACAAAAUAGGAUCACAGCCUUAUCAUUAAGUGACUUUGAAAAGAAUUUAAAUAUGGCCCUAGAAAGAAAUGUGCUAUUGGAGAACGAGCUAGAUGGAAAAGAAAUAAUGAGGGAAGCAAUUCAGAGAUUAAAAGAUGAAGCACGAGAUUUACGAUCUGAACUGAAAGCAAAGGGAAUGAAACGUAUGUCGAGUAGUACAGAAAACUCUUCAACAUCAGACAUCCCAAGCAGCAGCGGUGUAGAAUCUGCUGCAGUCACCACAGCCCCAUCCUCAACAGACAGUAGCAGAACGCCAUCUGCUAUGUCCUCUGAUAGUAGUGUCCAUCCCAACACAGGAGAUUCAACUAAUUGUACUGCUACACCUCCUCCAUCAACUGCAGCAACUACAGUGAGCAAAGGCACCACUCUAUCCCCUGCUGCCCGAAUCUCAGCACUCUCCAUUGUUGGAGACUUGUUACAGAAAGUUGGUGCGCUAGAAACAAAGCUGGCUUCUUGUAGAAACUUUGGAGCUGGUGGUGACCAGACACAUAGUGGCCUAGUAGCUAGUGGCAGUCCAAUUAAUUCACCUCGGCAGCAGUUACUCAAUGCCAGCACAUUCACAGACAGAAAACAAUGGAAAGGAAGUAUUGGUCAUCCCGUUUGA